UGACGUUGAUGUUUAUGUUUAUGUGUAAUCUGAGAGGCAGAAAAUGGUCAUUUCUUAGACACUUUUCCAGGUCCGAUUAAUCAGCGAAUAUUGCAAACUAAUCAAAUUCAAGUGCCUUGGACCUAAAUCACUAUAACUUCGUUACUUGAAAAAUUUCCCUGUAAAUAAGUGAUGGCUUGAAAUGGUGGCGUUUCUGUAAACAAGACCUCACAUGGCGCUUCAGACGGUAGCCUAAAUCAAAUAAAGGGGCGAUUUUGUGUGUUCCUUAUCAUUUUAACUAAUUUUUUUGAUUUUUAAUGUGAAUUACUCAUGUUAAAGAAAUCCUUUUUCAUAGGUUGACUAUCCAAGUGAUAUAGUCGAGUAAAUCAAAUAGAAAAAUGAUCAAAGCAAUAUUUUUUUCCGAGUUUCAUCCUACGUUGGGGCCCAAAAUCAGUUACCAGGUGCCAGAGGAUUAUGUUUCCAAAGAAAUAUUUGAUGCAGUUAGUGUUUACAUCAUUCCUAAAGAGCAGCUGGACAGUUGUAUCAUUACAGUGAAUGUACUAGGGCACAAGAUAACAGGAUAUCCAGUGCGCAUUUCAGAUGAAAAAUACCCACGUAACUUUCUCAUUUUCAACUUGUGCUUUGUGUGUGACUCUGAUGCCAGAACAGUGCAGUAUGAGCUUGUAGUUAGGAAAUUAGCUGAGCAUUUGGUCACCCUGGAAGUUGAACAGAAUUUUUUAUCCACUGAAUCCAACAGGGCCAAGUUGCCCAAAAUUUUAGGUCAAAUUCUAAGUGAUCUCAAUCGGGGUGGCUUGUGCACAGUUACAGUUGGGACCUCAACACUGCACUUAAAAGUGAUCCAAGUAGCUGCUGAGCCACCCCUGGUAUUUGACCACCACGUUCCCGUGUUCACGUCAGAAUUUUCUCCUUUAAAACAAGACUAUUGGGACCUAACAACCAAACAGGUACUGCCAUACAUUGAUGGACGCAGCCAUGUCGCUAGAGUGGCAAUCGAGGCCGACGUGGACAUUGGUUUGGUCAAAGCCUGCAUUCAAAAUCUCUUAUAUUACGGCGUCGUCCAGCUCAUUCCCAUCUUCCAGUACAGCAACAUGUACGCCGCUACACCCAAACUCCGAGAACUGCCCAUGAAUUCAGAUUUGAGUCGAGAGUGCAUCGCUUUUGUUGCCAAAUCUGAUAGACAUCCUCCUUCCUUCCGAGAUGUUUUCCAAAUGUACUGUGGGAUGACGUACGGGACUACCAUAAGAGACCUGUGCUUGCGCUUCAAUCCGCACGCGCUUCGCAUCGACGAACAUCGGCUAGUCCAGUUUGGCGUCCUGCAGGGCAUCAUCCGCCGCAUUUGCAAGUAUCCGGUGUACAAACCGGAGACGCAGCGCGGAUCGCACAAGAAACAGAUGACCUCGUUGCAUCGGCUGUGCACUGGAGUGGCCUCUUACGACGAGAUCUGCUGCCGCACCGGACUGUCCUACCACGAACUGGACGACAAAAUCGAAGCCGAUGUCGACAUCUGCGUCCUGUGGAAGUGAAAUCCGUUCCCUCCGACCCCAUAUCUUUUUGUAUCAUUUGAUUUAAGUUUCAAUAAUAAAUUUUAUAAUGGCCA